GUCGAUCGCACAUGCCGAAGGGGCCGUGGAGACAUUGUCUAUUCCUUCCUAUACAUCCCACUGGCGAGAUCACCACGCACACUUGCAGCAAAAGACAACCCAACCCCACAUCCAUCCAUUCAUCAUGCCAAAAGCGUUGACCAUUGAGCAUGUUGAAGGCAAGCCUGGAAAGGUCUACUAUCCCCUGAAAGUCAUUGAGCAGCCCGAGCCCACGCCGAAAGAAAACGACGUGGUGGUCAAGGUGAUAUCCGCCGCCCUAAACCAUCGCGACCUCUUCAUCCGUCAAGCUCUGUACGGCGGAAUUGUGUGUGGAGUACCACUUUUGGCAGAUGCUUGUGGGACCGUCAUCAAGACCGGCGACUCUGCGGAGGCCAAAAAAUGGCAAGGGAAGCGUGUCAUCGUCAAUCCUGGCCAGGGAUGGAAAGAUGACCCCCGUGGACCUGAGAGUCCCACGGGCUAUGCGAUCUUGGGUGGGACCAGGUUCAAUCCGCGCGGCGCGGCGCAAGAGAUGUUGUGCAUCGAUGCUGGGGAAUUAGAAGAGGCGCCGAAACAUUUGACGGCGAAUGAAGCGGCGGCUCUUCCACUUGCUGGGAUCACGGCGUGGAGGGCUACCAUGAUCAAGAGUGGGAAUGCGAUGCCGGGCAGAAACGUACUAGUCACAGGAAUUGGUGGCGGUGUUGCUGUCAUGUCAUUGCUUUUGGCUGUUGCGUCUGGUGCGAAUGUAUAUGUCAGCUCUGGCAGUCAAGAGAAGAUCGACAAAGCGAUAAGUCUUGGGGCAAAGGGAGGCGUUAAUUACAAGGAGAAGGAUUGGGACAAGAAGCUCAAGGAAAUGCUUCCAAAAGACAGUAAUAAGCUUGAUGCCAUCAUUGAUGGUGCUGGUGGUGAUAUUGCAUUGAAAGGUGCAAAGCUGUUACGAGAAGGAGGCAUUAUCGCUCAAUAUGGCAUGACCGUGGGCCCUAAGAUGGACUGGAUCAUGCCAGACGUGCUGAAGAAUAUCGAGCUACGCGGCAGCACAAUGGGCUCUCGAAAGGAAUUCGCCGAUCUCGUCGCUUUCGUGAAUGCGAAAGGGCUGAAGCCUCUCGUUUCGCGAGCAGUACAGGGCAUCGACAAUCUCAAGGACAUCGAAACCUUGUUUGACGACAUGAAUAAGGGUUCGCAGCUGGGCAAACUGGUUAUCGAGAUAUCCCCAGAGGAUGCCAAGAGCAAGCUGUGAAGGCGUGCUCCCCCAAUCCAUGAAUGAUACAAAUUUCCAAAAAAAAAACCCCCAUCUCCUGCAUUACAUUGCGGUUCAGUCUGCCCAGCCAUCGUUCACAGGAACGAUGUCCGGCCGUUCGAGCAGCCGACGAAGCGAGGACGAGUACCUAUUAG